AUGAGCGACCCAGCCGACAACCCCUUCCACGAAGAAGCGCUCACCGACGACCCCGCUCGCCCAUCCAGCUCUCCUCCCUCUCACACAACCGACCCCACCUCAUCAUCGCACAUCGCGUCCUCGCCGCCAACUUCACCAGGGGGGUUCGCAGCGCGCUCAGACGACGACGCACCGCUCUCUUCUGCACCUGCAGCGACUGCGUACCCGUUCUCGGCGGAACCGUACCCGCAGGACGGCGAUCGAGGAGGAGAGGGAGUGACGAGUCCGCCGCUGCCGCAGGUGCCAGCAGGGGAGGCGCAGGAGGCGCACGAGGAAGACGAGCGGAAGAAGAAGGCGCAGCAGCAGAGGGUGUAUCAGAGGCCGGCGAGGGAUGCGAUUCAGAUUGUCGACGCGCUCAAGACGAGCGAAGGCGCAAGCACGCCCUACAUUGUCUAUUGCAUCGUCUUCGAGACCCGAGAAGUGCGGCGACGCUACUCGGACUUCGUUUCGCUGCGACAAGCUCUUGCGACUCUCCACCCGUGCUUCAUCGUCCCUCCGCUUCCUCCCAAGAACAGCCUCUCAUCCUACGCCAUCGCCGGUGCCAACCCCGCCAAAGCGAAAGAAGACGCCGCUCUCAUCGCUCGGCGACGGCGCAUGCUCUCGACUUUCCUCAACCGCACGCUCGAGCACCCCGUUCUCGGCCAGGAGCGCGUCUUCAGGCGCUUCCUCGACCCCGAAACGCCCUGGCACGACGUCCUCCACUCUCCUCCCGUCACGCUCGUCCCGAAGAACCCUCUCAAAGCGCCUGCGAACGACCCAACAAACGCAGAGAUGCUCGCCCUCUUCGCCUCCUUGCCCAUCCCCAGCUCCUCCGCGACGCUCCAACACCCCGACCAGCGUUUCCUCGACAGCGAAGUCUUCACGAGCAAGUUCUCGUCGCACCUUGCCGGGUCGAUGGAGAAGGUCAAUCGGAGACUGAUGAAGCGGUGGACGGAGGCGGCGGGCGAUUGGGGAGAGAUGGGUGGCGGACUGAAUGGGUUUGCGUUGAGGAUGGGCGAGGAUGGGUCCGGCGGGCUGGACGAGGCGACGGAGAAAGUGGGAAUGGCGGUUGAUGCGGGCUACACGCUCACGAACACGAUGCUCAAGCACUGGGAGCAAGACUUCACCGAGCCGCUGCAAGAGUACACGCAGUUCUCCAACAUCAUCAAGAGCCUGCUCAAGUACCGCCACAACAAGCAUCUUCAGUACGAAGCGGCGCGCGAGCUGCUCGAGUCGAAGCGCGCGACGCUCGAGGAGCUGGAACGGAGCGAGCUCGAGGCCCAGCGGCUCGAGAAGGCGCUCGAGCGGGUACGGAUCGUCACGGAGGAUGGCGGGUCAGACAGGGCUGUCUCGCCGCCGAGCGGGUCGAGUCCGGUCGGUGCAGCGGCGGAGUCGGGUGCGCAGGCGCCUCUGCCUCCUCUGCCAAGCUCGAGCGGGUCGUUGGCGCCGCAGCCGGCGAAGCGCGGCGGUGGACUCGUCAGCGCCCUCAAGCACUCGGUCAAGGGGUUGGUCGACUCUGAUCCUGAGUCGACGCGGCGGAGCACUAUCAGCAAGACGCGCGAGCAGAUCAACCAGCUCGACGACGCCAUCAAAGCCUUGACGGGCGACCUCCGCUUCGCCUCCGUCACCAUCCAGUCCGACCUCGACCGCUUCCAGCGACAAAAGGUCGGCGACAUCCGCGAGAUGUGCCUCGACUUUGCCAACUUCCACAAAGAGUGGGCGUCGAAGAACCUCGCGAUGUGGGAGGAAGCGAAGGCUGCGAUUGAUGCCAUCGUCGACGACGAGUAG